ACUCCUUUAAAAUCACCAUCAAAGAAAUUCCAAUUUUCUCGGAUUUUAAUUUCCAUAUUACAAAUCCCUAAAACCCUACAGGCCUCUUUCUUCAUCACCUACUACUACUAAGUCACAGCUCAAGCUAGCUCCCUCUGUUUCUGCUUGUGGUUAAAAUCAUUUCAGACAGUGCUUUUGAUGACUCUGCAACAACAGCAGCUGCUUCAGACAAAGCUUAAACGAAGCUGUAUCUACUGACUUUGAUGAUUAUUGGUGAUGAUGAAAUGAUUGGAGAUCUAAUGAAGAAUAACAAUGGCGACGUUGUGGAUAGCGGAAACAACAACCGGUUAAGCCGGUGGCAUCACAAUUCUUCCCGGAUAAUUAGGGUUUCACGAGCUUCCGGUGGUAAAGAUCGACAUAGCAAAGUCUUGACUUCGAAAGGACCACGUGACCGUCGUGUCCGGUUAUCAGUCUCCACCGCUCUUCAAUUCUAUGAUCUUCAAGAUCGGUUAGGUUACGAUCAACCGAGCAAAGCUGUGGAAUGGUUAAUCAAAGCUGCGGAAGAUUCAAUCUCUGAGCUUCCUUCACUCAACAACACUAAUUUUCCGACCGAUGACGAGAAUCAUCAGAACCAGACAUUAGCAAGAACAGUUGCUGCUGCGAAUUCGUUGUCUAAAUCGGCUUGUAGUAGUAAUUCAGACACGAGCAAGAACUCUUCUGGUUUGUCUUUAUCAAGAUCGGAGCUAAGAGAUAAAGCUAGAGAGAGAGCUAGAGAGAGAACAGCUAAAGAGACCAAGGAGAGAGAUCAUAACCACACUUCUUCGUUUACCGAUUUGUUAAAUUCCGGUUCAGAUCCGGUUAACUCAAACCGGCAAUGGAUGGCUUCAGCUCCUUCUUCAUCUCCAAUGGAGUAUUUUAGUUCGGGUUUAAUUCUCGGGUCGGGUCAACAAACCCAUUUCCCGAUUUCAACAAAUUCUCAUCCUUUCUCAUCAAUCUCCGAUCACCAUCAUCAUCAUCAUCAUCCACACCAAGAGUUUUCAUUCGUUCCCGACCAUUUGAUAUCACCGGCAGGAUCCAACGGCGGAGCAUUCAAUCUUGAUUUCAACAUGUCGACACCCUCCGGCGCCGGAGCUGCCGUCUCCGCCGCAUCAGGUGGUGGGUUCAGUGGUUUCAACAGGGGGACCCUUCAGUCCAAUUCAACAAAUCAUCAUCAGCAUCAGUCAUUUCUCGCUAAUCUACAGAGGUUUUCAUCAUCAGAAAAUGGUGGAGGUCCACAGUUCUUAUUCGGUGCACUGCCUGCAGAGAAUCACCACCACAAUCACAACCAUAAUAAUCACCAGUUUCAGCUUUACUAUGAAAAUGGAUGCAGAAACUCAUCAGACCAUAAGGGUAAAGGCAAGAACUGAUGAUAUUAAUUAUUGCAUCUUUGGUUUUAUUCAGAUCCUCAUUUUGUAUGUUUAAUUCUCUCUCUUUAUUUUUGGUUUAUUUCAAAACAAAUGUUAAUCUCUUUUGUUGUCUGAUCAUUUAUCAUUAAUGUGUGUUAAAUUUGUUUAGGGUUUUUUUUUUGUAAUGUUUUGAGGGUCUUUUGAAAUCUGUUAGCAUUGUAUUUGUAAUGUUGUAUUUGUGAUAAUACCAUUUUGUUUGUGAGUUUAUAAUUCAA